AUGGAACCCAAGCCCAAUCUGGACGUCGAGGCGGAGGCGCGCGAGUCCAAGUCCUCGCUCGCGACUGCCGUGCACGAGGUGCCCCGCGUGCCGCCGGGUCCUGCCGCGGCCCCGGCUGCGCUGCGGCGGUUCGGCAGCCCGCGGACACGGGUGCUGGAUCCCCGGGUGAAGGUGCCCGGCGAGUUCCGGACGCUCAGGCGAGUACCCGACGCGUUGUUCCUGCAAACUCAAGAGGCGGCGGCGCUCAGCGCGAGACCUGGAAAGGGGACUGUGAAAGAUCUUUCCGAGCUCAUCUGGCACACGCUGCCUAAGGACGAGGUCUGCACGAGCCUCGGGGUCUCUGAGCAGCGGGGGCUCGACGCCUCGAUCGCGUCCCGCCGGCUGGCAGCGAAUGGGAAGAAUGUCAUCAGCCGCCCCCCGCGCAACCUCGCGCGGAAGGUGUUCUUCUACUUCUUUGGAGGUUUCGGGAGUCUGCUUUUCGUCGCAUCGAUCAUCUGCUUUAUCUCGUGGCGUCCACUGGGCGACCCGAAUCCCUUCGCGCCGAAUCUCGCGCUGGCAGUCGUGCUCUUGAUCGUGAUCGUCGUGCAGGCGAUCUUCAAUGCGUGGCAGGACUACACCACUGGAACGGUGAUGGCAUCCAUCGCGGGUCUGCUGCCUACGGAUGUGCUGGUUACGAGGGAUGGCGACAAGUUCAAGUUACCCGCGGCGGAGCUUGUCUCCGGGGACAUCGUGACCAUAUCCCUCGGCGCGAAGGUCCCUGCCGACCUGCGCCUGCUCGAAGUGUCGAGCGACCUGCGGUUCGACCGAUCGAUGUUGACGGGCGAGAGCACGGAGAUCUCCGCCUCGACCGAUUGUACAGACAAGAACUUCAUGGAAUCGCGCAACAUCGCACUACAAGGAACACUUUGCACGAGCGGAUCUGGGCUUGGGGUCGCUGUUGGGCUCGGGGACAACACGGUCUUCGGGCGGAUCGCGAAGCAGGCCAGUCGGGAGCGGCCGACGCGGACCACACUCGAGGUGGAGAUCCUCCGGUUCGUGCUGAUCAUCGGCGGGAUGGCGUUCCUCGUUGCGGUCUUCAUCGUCAUUCUUUGGGCCGCUUGGCUGCGUCGCGACUACCCCGGAUUCAUUAACGUUCCCGCUCUGCUCAUAGAUUGCGUGUCUGUCGCAGUGGCCUUUAUCCCCGAGGGACUGCCAGUCUGUGUGACUCUGUCAUUGACCGUGAUCGCCGGUCGGAUGCGCGCAAACUCGAUCCUGUGCAAGUCGCUGUCAACCGUCGAAUCGCUCGGCUCCGUCGACUUCAUCGCUUCGGACAAGACAGGGACGCUUACCCAGAACAAAAUGACGGCAGUCAAUAUUGUCGUUGGCUUGGACGGCGUGGCAGCGGCCGACGCGCGGGUCCGCGCUGCCAAGGGCGACCGGGAAGUGUCAGAGCUCGCUGCAUUGGCCGCGCUGUGCAACGACGCGGCGUUCGAAGCGAGCAAGGUCGAAGAAGCGUUGGAAGAUCGGAAAGUCAACGGAGACGCGACUGACACUGGUCUCCUGCGUUUCGCGGAAAGCAUCCUUUCGACGGAUCAGCUACGUGCCUGCUGGUCUGUCGCUGGAAAAAUCGCGUUCAACUCGAAGAACAAAUUCGCCGUCAAAUGUCUAUCCUCUGCUUCUCAAGACGCAGUGUUCUCAUAUAUCGGGCCCGGAGAAUACUUGCUGGCAGUCAAGGGCGCACCUGAUGUCCUGAUGAAACGGUGCAGCACGUUCCUGCAUGAGGGAGAGAAUCGGCCACUGGACGCACCGGCGCUUGCCCGUCUGGCGGAGCUCCAGCAGCAAUACGCGUCCCGCGGCCAGCGGGUGUUGCUUUUAGCCAAAAAGGUUUUGCGGAAUGUGGCACCCAGCGACAGCGCGCUCGAAGACUUCCUGCUCGCAGAGAACGUCGGGCUCACGGUCGUGGGGCUCAUCGCGCUUGUCGACCCGCCGAGACCAGAGACCGAGGAGACCGUGCGCGUCUGCCGCAGGGCCGGGAUUCGGUUCGCCAUGGUGACGGGUGACUUUUCGCUCACUGCGGCCGCGAUCGCGCGGCAGGUCGGUAUCAUCACGACGCCCGACACGGCGAUCCAGCAUCUCGCGGACCUGCCGGCGGACCUGGCGCUCGACCGCAUCCCGGCGUACGUGCCGAAGGAGGAGGGCGACGCGCUGCGGAGUCUGGUGCUCAGCGGCCCGGAGAUGAUGACCAUGACCGAGGCGCACUGGAAGCAGGUCCUCACGUUCGACGAGAUCGUGUUCGCGCGGACGUCCCCGCAGCAGAAGCUGCAGAUUGUGCGGGCGUUCCAAGGCAGCGGGUGCACGGUGGCUGUGACCGGGGAUGGAGUCAACGACGCGCCCGCGCUCAAACAGGCCGACGUCGGAGUUGCCAUGGCCGGCGGAUCUGAAGUAGCUAUGGAAGCAGCGGAUCUCGUCCUGCUCUCGGACAACUUCUCAACGAUCGUCACGGGCAUCAAGUACGGCCGACUCUGCUUCGAGAACCUGCGCAAGUCGAUCCUGUACCUCCUCCCCGCCGGCAGUUUCUCCGAGCUCAUUCCCGUCAUUUUGAACGUGCUUUCGGGUGUCCCGCAGGCGUUGAGCAGCAUCCAGAUGAUCAUCAUUUGUGUCGCAACAGAUGUGUUGCCGGCGCUGUCGCUGGUGUACGAGCAGCCGGAGGCAGACCUACUCCUCCGCCGCCCGCGCAACCGCAAGACCGACCGCCUCGCCGACGUCAAGCUACUGUGCCACGCGUACUUGUUCAUCGGCAUCCUCGAGACCCUCACGUCGAUGGUCGCGGCGUUCUACUUCGGUUUCGCGCGGAACGGGAUUCCAUUCUCGCAGAUCUGGAGAAAGUACGGCUCGUCGACGGUCGACGCGGCGUGGCUGGCGGAGGUCACCAGCCGCGCGCAGUCGCUCUACUUCUUCAACCUCGUGAUCAUGCAGUGGUUCAACCUGCUCUCGACGCGCACCCGCCGCCUGUCGAUAUUCCAGCAAAACCCGCUCGGCGCGCGCGAGACGCGCAACGUGCUGCUGUUCCCCGCGAUGGCGUGCGCGCUGGUCCUCGCGAUCUUCUUCUCGUACGUGCCGUGGUUCCAGCGCGUGUUUUUGACGCGCGGGAUCCCCGCCGAGUUUUUCUUCCUGCCCAUCGCGUAUGGGCUGGGGCUGCUGUUCCUGGACGAGAUGCGCAAGUGGUGGAAUCGCGCGCACCCGAAGGGCUUGCUGGCGAAAAUCGCGUGGUGAAAGACCAGUAGGUGUUGAAUGAUCAAGUCGAGAAUUUCCUUACAAUUUUGUAAUGCGUGAAAAACCUGCUCUCAUCGCCGCACUGGUCCAAUGGCU